UGGAGAUGGUUGAGGUGAAACAGGGGGAGGAGUCUGUCCAGCUGUCCUUUCAGAUCACAGAAGAAAAAGAUAUUCCUCUGGACGUCAAAGUGGAGUGGAGACAUCAAAACACGAUGGUCCAUGUGUAUAAGAAUGGUGGUAAUCAGUCUCUAUUAAAGGACCAGAAUCACAGAGACCGCACAGAGAUGAAUGAAGACCCUCUGAGAAUUAAAGACUUCAGUCUGAAACUGAAAGACCCCCAACUUAGUGAUCGUGGAAUCUACACCUGCACUGUCUAUGACAGAAAUGCAGACAUCCUGCUACAGAAAGUAGUGACUCUUAGUGUCAGAGUUCCCGAGGUGGUGGAAGUAGUUAAAGGGAUGCAGUCUGUCAUUCUGCCAUUUACAACUGAAGUCCUGAAGCUUCAGGAUGUCACCGUGGAAUGGAAACACGAAGACAAGAAAGUCCACGUGCGUCAGAAUGGCCAAAACCAGUCUCACGAUCAGGAGGUGAAUCAAGAGCCACUGACAAAUGGAAACCUGCAACACACUGAUGAUGGUACCUACACCUGCACUGUCUACAGUGAGGGUGAAGAAAUCCUGCUACAGAAAGUCGUGUCGAUCACAGUCAGAGUGUACCCGGUGGAAAUGGUGAAUGCGACACAAGGAGAGAAGUCUAUCCUGCUGCCUUUUAAAGUCACAGAUCACCUUCCUCAGGAUGUCAAAGUUGAGUGGAGACUCAUUAGCCCUGAAGACCGGAUGGUCUACGUGUAUGAAAGGAGUAAAAAUGAGUCUCCUUCACGGGACCAUGUAUACAGAGGUCGUGCAGAGAUGACUGAAGAUCCACUGACAACUAAAGACCUCAGUCUGACCCUGAAAGACCUCCACCUCACUGACAGUGGAGUCUACACCUGCACCGUCUACAACAAGGAUGGACACAUGCUGCUACAGAGAGUAGUGACUCUCAGUGUCAGAGACUAUCCACUGGAGAUGGUGGAAGUGACACAGGGAGAGGCGUCUGUCCUGCUGCCCUUUAAAAUCACAGACCUCCUUCAGGACAUCAAAGUAGAGUGGAAACAUCAAAAUAUCAUCGUCCAUGUGUAUCAGAAUAGCCAAAACCAGUCUCUCUUAAUGGACGAGGAUUAUAAAGGCCGCACAGAGAUGAAUGAAGAGCCUCUGAAAAAUAAAGACCUCAGUCUGACCCUUAAAGGCCUCCAACUUAGUGACCGUGGUGGCUACACCUGCACCGUCUACAACAAAGAUGGCAGCAUCCUGCUACAGAAAGUAGUGACACUCAGUGUCAGAGGAUACCAGACAGAGAUGGUGGAGGUGAUGGAGGGAGAGGGGUCUGUCCUGCUGCCUUUUAAAAUCACAGGUGACCUUCCACGUGACAUCAAAGCAGAGUGGAGACUCACUCACCCUGAAGAAAAGAUGGUCCAUGUGUAUGAGAGUGGAAACAACCUCUCAGAUGAAGACGACCAGGAGCAGGUUUACAGUAGCCGCACAGAGAUGAAUGAAGAUCCUGUGACUACUAAAGACCUCAGUCUGACCCUGAAAGACCUCCACCUAACUGACAGUGGAGUCUACACCUGCACCGUCUACAACAAGUAUGGAUACAAGCUGCUACAGAAAUCAGUGACUCUCAGUGUCAGAGAUAGAAAGUCUGACGUUAAGGUUGAAUAUGGGGGACACAUCUGACACAGGAGAAAAAACAAGUAACCAGAGGAAUCCACCAUUGAUCGAGCUUCCUCUGAGUCGUGCCCUCUUCCUGCCUCCUUCUCUCUGUUCCUCUUGUUUUUCAUCUGUUGUUAAAGUUGGUGUGAAUUGUUCAGUGUGGAGGUGACGGACAUGAUGUGAAUAUUACAGUAUUACACUAAAAAUCCUUCCUAAAAGUAUGAUGUAAAUAAACAAACUCGAGUGCAUGUGUAACACAAUAAGAUGGAGCAUAAGUAGAAGACACUAUGGGUCACCACGUGCUGUUUGUAUGUGUGCGUUUUUGUUACAAAACACAUUUAAAAAUGUCUGCAGCUCCUGAAGACUACUAAAGAUACAUCUCCAUGACAACAGCGUGUCCAACACUGCAGCUCUCCUCUGAUAAACCCUGAGCUCCACCUGAGUCUCCAUCCUGAGGACCUCCUUCAGCCUCCUCAUGUCGAUCCGAACUAAAACAAACACAUCAGUGAACCCUGAGCUGGAUUCAUUUAUUAGAAGCAGCUGACCCAACAUAAUACUAACAUAAAUGAUGCUAAAGUAAUCCUGUAACAGACAUUACUGCUGCAGGCUGAUUAUACAGAACCUCAAACACACUCUGAGCUGAUCUAUUUAAAAUUAUGAAAACUUCUUGUGGGUCAAAGGUCAAAGCUGCUGACUGUCAGGAACCAUCAGGGUUUCAGAGAAGAUCAGCUUUUAAUAAACAGCAGAGAAGAAAAUUAUGCUCAUGCAUGUACUUGUUUAUAUCUGUGUGCUGAAGCCUGUGGUCUGAGUGUGUUGUUCCUAUCAGUGUGACAUGAACUGUAAUCUGAAUGUGUUGUAAUGGUUCAGUCGAACAAACUUACUGCACAUAUUUAUGUAUUUAUAUAUUUUAGUAUCAAAGUGUUGAACUGUGAGGUAAAAUGAAAACUUUAACAUCAGUCCUCCUCUGUGUAAAGCUGACCUGGAAGGAUAGUUGACAUGUUUCUAUAAAUGACUCUGUGAUUGUUGCUGUUGUGAUGUUUGGUUGUUUGACUCUCUGCAAACACAAAGACAACCUGUUUGUGUAGAUCAGUGUAUCAGAUUUCCACAACAAUGCGUUAUUAGAAAUAAGAUGAUUAGAGUUACCUCACUGUGAGGAUUUAAUCAAAGACAUGAUGACUCUG